UUUUUUCUGACUCCCGUUUCUCAUCUUAAAUGGUCAAUGAAAACAAGAGGAUGUACAUUCCAGAAGAAAACCACCAAGGUUCCAACUAUGCGAGUCCCCGUCCUGCUCAUGCCAACAUGAAUGCUAAUGCAGCUGCAGGGCUUGCACCUGAGCAUAUCCCUACUCCAGGUGCAGCCCUCUCCUGGCAGGCUGCUAUUGAUGCUGCCAGGCAGGCCAAAUUGAUGGGUGCUGCUGGUAAUGCAACAAUAUCCACCGCUAGCUCGACGCAGAGGAAGCGGCAGCAGUACGGGAAGCAGAAAAAACAGGGUACCACCACAGCUACACGGCCUCCCCGGGCAUUGCUGUGUUUAACACUGAAAAAUCCUAUCCGGAGGGCAUGUAUCAGUAUUGUUGAAUGGAAAUAUCCUUUUUUACCAUUUGAAAUUAUUAUUUUACUGACUAUUUUUGCCAAUUGUGUGGCCUUAGCUAUCUAUAUCCCCUUUCCAGAAGAUGAUUCCAAUGCUACCAAUUCCAAUCUGGAACGAGUGGAAUAUCUCUUUCUCAUAAUUUUUACAGUGGAAGCAUUUUUAAAAGUAAUAGCAUAUGGACUUCUCUUUCAUCCUAACGCUUACCUCCGCAAUGGCUGGAAUUUACUAGAUUUUAUAAUUGUGGUAGUAGGGCUUUUUAGUGCAAUUUUAGAACAAGCAACCAAAGCUGAUGGAGUGAAUUCAAUAGGAGGGAAAGGCGCUGGAUUUGAUGUAAAAGCACUUCGGGCUUUCCGAGUAUUACGCCCCUUACGGCUGGUAUCUGGAGUUCCUAGCCUCCAGGUGGUUUUAAAUUCCAUCAUCAAGGCCAUGGUCCCUCUGCUGCACAUCGCCCUGCUGGUGCUGUUUGUCAUCAUUAUCUAUGCCAUCAUCGGGCUAGAGCUCUUCAUGGGGAAGAUGCACAAGACUUGUUACUAUGUACAAGGGGUAACAGAUACACCGGCAGAAGAGGAUCCCUCUCCUUGUGCACCUCAUUUAGCACAUGGGCGGCAGUGUCAGAAUGGCACCGAAUGCAGAGCAGGAUGGGAGGGACCUAAGCACGGCAUUACCAACUUUGACAACUUUGCCUUUGCCAUGUUAACUGUGUUUCAGUGCAUCACCAUGGAGGGCUGGACGGAUGUAUUGUACUGGGUCAAUGAUGCCAUAGGAAGGGACUGGCCCUGGAUCUAUUUUGUUACACUUAUCAUCAUAGGGUCAUUUUUUGUACUUAACUUGGUUCUCGGUGUACUUAGCGGGGAGUUUUCUAAAGAAAGAGAGAAGGCAAAAGCUCGCGGUGACUUUCAGAAGUUGCGGGAGAAACAGCAACUGGAGGAGGACUUGAAGGGAUACCUGGACUGGAUAACCCAAGCGGAAGAUAUCGACCCAGAAAAUGAAGAUGAAGGAAUGGAUGAGGAGAAGCCUCGAAACAUGAGCAUGCCCACCAGUGAAACAGAAUCUGUGAACACUGAUAACGUGGCAGGAGGUGAUAUUGAGGGAGAAAACUGCGGCGCACGGCUGGCACAUCGGAUCUCUAAAUCUAAGUUUAGCCGCUACUGGCGCAGAUGGAAUCGAUUCUGCCGACGAAAGUGUCGAGCUGCUGUCAAAUCCAAUGUGUUCUACUGGCUAGUGAUCUUCCUUGUGUUUCUGAACACCCUCACCAUUGCCUCUGAACAUUACAACCAGUCAGACUGGCUCACUGAAGUCCAAGACACUGCCAAUAAGGUACUGCUGGCUCUUUUCACGGCUGAGAUGCUGCUGAAGAUGUACAGCCUGGGUCUUCAGGCCUAUUUCGUGUCUCUCUUCAACCGCUUUGACUGUUUUAUUGUAUGUGGAGGAAUCCUGGAAACCAUCUUGGUGGAAACCAAGAUCAUGUCACCACUGGGUAUCUCAGUGCUGAGAUGUGUCCGACUGCUGAGGAUAUUUAAAAUCACAAGGUACUGGAACUCCUUGAGUAAUCUGGUGGCUUCUCUUCUCAACUCAGUCCGCUCCAUCGCCUCCUUGCUGCUGCUCCUCUUCCUCUUCAUCAUCAUCUUCUCCCUCCUGGGGAUGCAGCUGUUUGGGGGCAAGUUUAACUUCGAUGAGAUGCAAACCAGAAGAAGCACAUUUGACAAUUUUCCCCAGUCGCUGCUCACUGUAUUCCAGAUCCUGACUGGGGAGGACUGGAAUUCGGUGAUGUAUGAUGGGAUCAUGGCUUAUGGCGGCCCCUCUUUUCCAGGAAUGUUGGUCUGUAUUUACUUCAUCAUCCUAUUCAUUUGUGGAAACUACAUCUUGCUGAAUGUCUUUUUGGCCAUUGCUGUGGACAAUCUUGCUGAUGCAGAAAGCCUGACAUCUGCUCAAAAAGAAGAGGAAGAGGAAAAAGAAAGAAAAAAACUAGCUAGGACGGCUAGUCCUGAAAAGAAACAGGAGCCUGAGAAGCCAGCUGUAGAGGGGGAGAUGAAGGAGGAGAAAAUUGAGCUGAAAUCGAUCACUGCUGAUGGAGAGUCUCCACCUUCUAACAAGAGCAAUGUAGAUGAAUAUCAGCCUAAUGAAAAUGAAGAAAAGAAUCCCUACCCUACCACCGAAACACCAGGGGAGGAGGAAGAAGAAGAGCCUGAGAUGCCUGUUGGCCCUCGUCCGCGCCCAAUGUCUGAACUGCACCUCAAAGAGAAAGCAGUGCCAAUGCCAGACGCCAGUGCUUUUUUCGUCUUCAGCCCCAGCAACAGGUUUCGGGUCCACUGCCAUCGCAUCGUUAACAAUAACAUUUUCACCAACCUGAUCCUCUUUUUCAUCUUGCUCAGCAGCAUCUCUCUGGCCGCUGAGGACCCUGUCCGUCACUACUCCGUUAGGAAUCAAAUUCUUUGUUAUUUUGAUAUAUUUUUUACUGUCAUUUUCACCAUUGAAAUUGCUCUGAAGAUCCUAGGCAAUGCAGAUUAUGUCUUCACUAGUAUCUUUACAUUAGAAAUUAUUCUUAAGAUGACUGCUUACGGGGCUUUCCUUCACAAAGGAUCCUUCUGCAGGAAUUAUUUCAACAUCCUGGACCUGCUGGUGGUUAGCGUUUCUCUCAUCUCAUUUGGGAUCCAGUCUAGUGCCAUCAAUGUAGUGAAGAUCCUACGAGUCCUGCGAGUGCUUAGACCACUGCGGGCCAUCAACAGAGCCAAAGGACUAAAGCAUGUUGUCCAGUGUGUGUUUGUAGCCAUCCGGACUAUUGGGAACAUUGUGAUUGUCACCACAUUGUUGCAGUUCAUGUUUGCCUGCAUUGGAGUUCAGUUGUUCAAGGGCAAAUUGUACAGCUGCACUGAUAGUUCCAAGCAAACAGAGGCAGACUGCAAGGGAAAUUUUAUUACUUACAAGGAUGGAGAGGUCUCCCAACCAAUGAUCCAGGUCCGAAACUGGGAGAAUAGCAAGUUUGAUUUUGACAACGUCCUCACUGCCAUGAUGGCCCUCUUUACUGUUUCCACCUUUGAAGGCUGGCCAGAACUGCUGUAUCGAUCUAUUGAUUCCCAUCUGGAAGAUGUGGGGCCCAUCUAUAACCACAGGGUGGAGAUCUCCAUUUUCUUCAUUAUCUACAUCAUCAUCAUCGCUUUCUUCAUGAUGAACAUCUUCGUUGGUUUCGUCAUCGUCACUUUUCAGGAGCAAGGAGAGCAGGAGUACAAGAACUGUGAGCUGGACAAGAACCAGCGGCAGUGUGUAGAAUAUGCCCUGAAGGCUCGCCCCCUGCGAAGGUAUAUCCCUAAAAACAAGUACCAGUACAAAGUGUGGUAUGUGGUGAACUCUACCUAUUUUGAAUACCUGAUGUUCGUCCUCAUCCUUCUGAACACCAUCUGUCUGGCCAUGCAGCACUAUGGCCAGAGCUGCCUCUUCAAAGAAGCAAUGAACAUUCUCAACAUGCUCUUCACCGGCCUCUUCACCGUUGAGAUGGUCCUGAAACUAAUUGCCUUCAAACCCAAGGGUUACUUUAGUGAUCCUUGGAAUGUUUUUGACUUCCUCAUCGUAAUUGGCAGCAUUAUAGACGUCAUUCUCAGUGAAACUAAUCACUAUUUCUGUGAUGCAUGGAAUACAUUUGACGCCUUGAUUGUUGUGGGUAGCAUUGUUGAUAUAGCAAUCACCGAGGUGAACCCAGCUGAACAUACCCAAUGCUCUUCCUCUAUGAACGCAGAGGAAAAUUCUCGCAUCUCAAUCACCUUUUUCCGACUCUUCCGUGUGAUGCGUCUGGUGAAGCUCUUGAGCCGAGGUGAGGGCAUCCGCACGCUGCUUUGGACCUUCAUCAAGUCCUUCCAGGCUCUCCCCUAUGUGGCUCUUUUAAUAGUGAUGCUGUUUUUUAUCUAUGCUGUGAUCGGGAUGCAGGUGUUUGGUAAAAUUGCCUUGAACGAUACCACCGAAAUCAACCGGAACAACAACUUUCAGACUUUCCCUCAAGCAGUGCUGCUGCUUUUCAGGUGUGCUACUGGUGAAGCAUGGCAGGAAAUCAUGCUGGCAUGCCUCCCCGAUAAGAAAUGUGACCCCGAUUCCUUGGAACCAAACAACUCUACUGAAGAUGAGUAUUCCUGUGGAAGCAGCUUUGCCAUCUUUUAUUUCAUUAGUUUCUACAUGCUUUGUGCCUUUCUGAUCAUUAAUCUUUUUGUAGCUGUAAUCAUGGAUAACUUUGACUACCUGACACGGGACUGGUCAAUUCUUGGACCUCAUCACCUGGAUGAGUUUAAACGGAUCUGGGCUGAAUAUGAUCCUGAAGCUAAGGGACGCAUCAAACACCUAGAUGUGGUGACACUCCUGCGUCGGAUACAGCCUCCACUAGGCUUUGGCAAGCUCUGCCCGCAUCGAGUGGCUUGUAAACGUCUUGUCUCCAUGAAUAUGCCACUGAAUAGUGAUGGGACUGUCAUGUUUAAUGCUACCCUUUUUGCACUGGUCAGAACAGCACUGAGGAUUAAAACAGAAGGUAACUUGGAGCAAGCCAAUGAAGAACUGCGUGCAAUCAUUAAGAAAAUCUGGAAGCGUACCAGUAUGAAGCUGCUGGAUCAGGUUGUCCCCCCAGCAGGUGAUGAUGAGGUAACAGUUGGAAAGUUCUAUGCCACAUUCCUAAUCCAAGAGUAUUUCCGGAAAUUCAAGAAGCGUAAAGAACAGGGCCUUGUUGGCAAACCUUCACAGCGAAAUGCACUUUCGCUCCAGGCUGGUCUGCGUACGUUACAUGACAUUGGGCCAGAGAUUCGACGGGCUAUCUCUGGAGACUUGACAGCUGAAGAAGAGUUAGACAAGGCCAUGAAAGAAGCUGUUUCUGCUGCCUCAGAGGAUGAUAUAUUCAGAAGAGCUGGUGGCUUGUUUGGAAAUCAUGUCAGCUACUACCAGAGUGAUGGAAGAAGUUCAUUCCCUCAGACAUUUACCACUCAGCGCCCUUUGCACAUUAACAAAUCUAGCAACAACCAGGGAGACACAGAAUCCCCCUCUCAUGAAAAGCUUGUGGAUUCUACCUUCACUCCAAGCAGCUACUCUUCAUCAGGCUCCAAUGCCAAUAUCAACAAUGCCAACAACACUGCCUUGAGCCGCUUCCCCAGCCCACCAAGGUACCCCAGCACUGUAAGCACUGUAGAAGGCCACAGCACCCCUUUGUCACCCUCUGCACGGAUCCGGGAACCCCCGUGGAAGCUUGGCUGCAGAAGGUCCUGUUCUAGAGACAGCCAGGUGGCCAUCGUUUGUGAGGAAGAAGUUUCUCAAGAAGAGGAGACAUAUGAUGAGCAACUGAAUGAAGAAGUUGAAUACUGUAGUGAGCCAAGCUUGCUGUCUACUGAAAUGCUUUCAUACCAAGAUGAUGAACAUAGACAGCUAACUCCUCCUGAAAACAGCAAAGGGGAAGAUACAAGACACUCUCCAAAGAGUGGGUUCCUGCGUUCCUCAUCACUAAAUCGAAGAGCAUCCUUUCACCUGGAAUGUCUAAAGAGACAGAAAAAUCCAAGUUCAGUAGUCCCACAAAAGACAAUAUUACCUUUACAUCUGGUACAUCAUCAGGCACUAGCAGUUGCAGGUCUGAGUCCUCUUCUUCAAAGACGCCAUUCGCCCAUAAGAUCCUCUCAGUCAUGUGCCACACCCCUUACUACACCGUGUACACAGAGUUGGCCACAGCAGCCAAUUAAAACCUUACAGCUUGAUGGAGAGGAAUCCAGUGAGAAACUCAACAGUAGCUUCCCAUCAGUACAAUGCAGCUCCUUAUAUUCUGAUGGCACUAGCUCUGGCAGCACUCGAAAAGCAAGGCCAGUCUCCCUCAUAGUUCCCAGCCAGACUAGAGACUGUGGGAGGCAAUUUCACGGCAGUGCCACCAGCCUUGUAGAAGCGGUCUUGAUUUCCGAAGGACUGAUGCAGUUUGCUCAAGAUCCAAAGUUCAUUGAGGUCACAACCCAAGAGUUAGCUGAUGCCUGUGACUUGACGAUAGAAGAGAUGGAGAAUGCUGCAGACAAUAUUCUCAAUGGUAACAGCAAGCCAAGCCCCAAUGGCAACCUCUUGCCUUUUGUUAACUGCAGGGACUCAGGGCAGGACUGUAUGGAAGAGGAAGAAGCAGCAGCCCAGAACCCAGAUUGUAGAAAAAGUCAAGAGGAAUCUAAGGACAGCAGGAUUUAUAUCAGCAGCCUGUAGUUGCCAAGGCUGAAAGUAAUGCUGGUUUUUUAAUUUGUUUCAAUGUUCCUAAUGGGUUUGUUUCAGAAGUGCCUCACUGUUCUCGUGACCUGGAGUAACCAGAACAGCGUUCUUCAUUUGUUUCUGUUGGGACGAGUCGCAGAGUUGGGUGGUGUAAAAGAGCUUUUCAGGAGUGAAUAUACAACCCCAGCAUGUGUCCAUGAAGGAGGAGGAGGAGAAUGAGCUCCCUCCUCCUUUCAGUCCCUGCACAAGGAACAACGGCUGCUUCCUGAAUAUGAAGGAAAACCUCAGCUUCCUGUGGAUGGCCCUAGUUAAAAGGACACUGCAUCAAACGGGUGUCUUUCAACUUUGCUUGUACAAAAAAAAAUCAUUUUGCACAUAUUCUGUAUGAGCCUCAACGUCUCCAUAAAGCCAAGGCCCUUUUGAUCUGCAAGUGGAACAGUAGACUUCUGCUGUGGAUCCCUGCACUUUGCUGAGGAGGAGGAAGCAGAAGCUGUAAGGGUACAGGAGAUGCAGGUGGCAAUAUUGCAGAUGCUUGUUGAUAGAAAUGCAGAGACUCCCUGGCAGUUUUCUCUGCCAACCAAUCAGAGCUCAGGCAGUCUUCUUGCCAACCAAUCAGAGCUCAGGCAGUUAGCUGUGCCAACUGCUCAAGGAGCAGGAAGCCAGCUCUGUCAAAUUGGAGUUCAGGCAACCCGCCCAUUUCGAAGAGAGGUGGUGAUGGGCUUAUGUAGAUCUCUCCUUGUUUUUGCCGUUUGAUAUUUUCUUGAAAGCAUGUUCCAAUUUUUAUUUUUGAAUACUUUAUUUUAUUGUUGUUUUUUUUGAGGGAGAGGGGUAAAGGGAGUGUUUACAAAGUUUUGUAAUCACCUACCUUUUAUUUUAUUUUAAUUUUUCACCCUCGCAAAUGUUUAAAAUUGGUUUGAUUAUGUUGUACUAUUGAAAAUUUUGUUUUCCUCCAUUGAAAUUUGGUAGAAGCUAAUAAUGAUAUUAGAAGAGUUUUGCCAACCAUUAUGUACACCAGAAUUUGUAAUUUUAUUUGAAAUAAUGGGAAAUUCCUUUUUUUGUUUUUGUUGUUGUUUUAUAAUUUAAAGAUAGUAGGCAAUGCACUUGAUAUAGUCUUGCACAUAUGAAUGAUCGAUUUGGAUUCUUUUUAAUGCUAGGUUCUUUACGGGUGAGUGAGCGACUGAGCAGGACUGAGUGAGAGAGCGAAUGCAUGCCUGAAAGUGUGUAAGUGCAUACAGUUCUUCACUUCCUGGUUGUAACUGCAGGAGAACUGUAUCUGGGGUCAUUUGAGUGCAAAAAAAACCCUGUCUCUGCUUCUGAAAGGGGAAUCAGUAACUCUUUGCAUUUUCUGUUCCACAAGAUAUGCAAAAACAAUGCAAUAAUAUUGAUUUUGAAUACAAUUUGUGAAUUGUGUUGGCAUUAAAAUUGUAUAGAAAAAAAACCCAAGGGGGAUUAAACAUACAAAAAAGUGAGAAGGCGCUACGUUUCGAUAUAUUCCGUGUGAUGUUUUAUUGCAUUGAUAAUGUUUCUGUUGAAGAAACCGUAAUACUUGAAUUCAGGUCAGUUUCAGUAUUUUUCAACUAUUUUUUUAAAAUGAAUUGCAAUUGUGCCAAGCGAAUAUAAUGAAUUAAGUUUG